GAUUAAUAGGCGUUCUAGGGUUUUUGGUAACGAGGAGCUCCAGAUCUGAGAGCUCAAUUUCGCCGGGGUAGCUCGACGCGAUGCUGGAUUGCGCUAGGAUCUGCUAGAUCCUGCUCCGGAUGAUGACGAAGAACGGAAUGCUCGAGUGUCAUCGCUGCGGCGGCAAGCUGGGGAAUGCCUCGCCUACGGUUCGCUCGAUCUCAAAGGCGUAUGACCGGCAUCACUCUGACCAGGCGUCGCGGUUCCGGGGCCUCAGCAUUCUUCUUGUAGCGUUUGAUUGUAUGCUCAUUGCGCUACAGCCGAUCCUAGUGUACAUGUCCAAAGUAGAUGGGAAGUUUUUGUUUAGCCCGAUUAGCGUGAAUUUCCUCACGGAAAUGACCAAGGUGGUCUUCGCGAUUUGUAUGCUCGUUUUCCAGGCACGCAAGCAAAGAGCUGGCGAGAGAUCGCUCCUGAGUCCUCGAGUAAUUUUUCAGGCUGCCCGAGCAAAUCGUUUGCUUGCACUUCCAGCAGCCCUCUACGCAGUUAACAACUACCUCAAGUUCGCAAUGCAGGUAACUCCGCGUGGUUUCUUCGUUUCUUUUUUCUGUCAAGCGCCUGCUCUACUAUGUUCUGAUUUUCUCUUGCAGCUCUAUUUUAAUCCAGCGACUGUGAAGAUGCUGAGUAACCUUAAGGUGCUGAUGAUUGCCUUGCUUCUCAAAGUGAUCAUGAGACGCCGGUUUUCAGUUUUACAGUGGGAGGCACUUGCUUUGCUACUGAUUGGUAUCAGUGUGAAUCAGCUGCAUACGACGCCAACUGGGACAACGGUCGUCGUUCCGCUUCAAUCCAUUGCAUAUGUAUACACCUUGAUUUUUGUCACUGUGCCAUCCAUGGCGUCCGUGUUCAAUGAAUACGCCCUUAAGAGUCAGUUCGAGACAAGUGUUCAUCUUCAGAACCUGUUUCUUUACAGUUAUGGAGCGAUGUUCAACUUUCUAGCGAUUCUGGUUACUGCUGAUUUUAGUGCUGGGAAUGGGCUUAAUCUUUUCAAGGGCCACUCUCGGGCAACAAUGUUUCUAAUCUUCAACAACGCAGCGCAAGGAAUACUCUCUUGCUUCUUUUUAAAAUAUGCUGAUGCAAUCUUGAAAAAGUACUCUUCUACUGUUGCAACAAUCUUUACGGCUUUGGCUUCUGCCGCCUUAUUCGGGCACAAACUGACAAUCAACUUUGUCUUAGGAGUAUCAAUUGUUAUAAUUUCUAUGCACCAGUUCUUCUCGGCACUAAGCAAAACGAAGGACGAAAAGCUUGACAAUCAAAUGGACACGUUCGUUGACAAGCAUAACACUUACACGAGGCCCAAGGAUGACGCGUUUAUCAAUAUGACUGCUGGUGCUGGUGAACAGGCAAACCUUAAAGUCGGUAUACUGGAUGACAGACAACCUUUGCUUCCUACUUAAGCUCGAGCGCAGUAAUAUAGCAGUGUUAGUAGUAUAUGGAGCAGCAUACUGUACAAAACCGCGGUGAUGGGUAAGGAGACGGUAACGUUUCCAUUCAAGCCAAUUUUUGCUGAGGAAGGUUUGAGUGGCUGUCUCAGAGCGAAUGCACACGAGCUAAAUAAGAUGGGGGGGAAAGCAUUUUCGUUA